AUGGCACUUGAUAGAAAACAAACUCCAAAUUAUUCACCACAAUCGAUAUUAAAAAAGAAACCAAUCAAUAGUCGACUAACAUUACAACAUCAAUACGACAACUGUAAAGUUUGCGGUCGCAAGAAUCAUCGCACAAUUGAUUGUUAUUAUAAACGUACAACCGAAUGUUUUAAUUGUGGUCAUAAUCAUAAUAUUCGUGAUUGUACAUUACCUCCAAAUUUUCAAUAA